CUUAGUUGGGAGGGUACGUCGUUACGUCAUUACGUUUUUGCGACUGCGCAAUAAGGUGCGGGCUAUGACGAAGUUAACAGCACAUGGAAAAUGGCGGUUUUCCUUCUUGGACGUGCAGCAUUUUUCGUCGAAUGAGCCCGUUUUCAAGUGAGUCGUCAUGCUGCUGCGCAUCAUUCUUAGCGAAGAGGACAUUAGAAGAGUCAGCAUAGACAACUUGCCUGAGACUGUUGAUGACUUCUGCUUGAUGCUGAGGACCAAACUGGGACUGGAUGGGGACCUCAUUGUUCAGUAUCCAGACCCAGAAUUUUAAUAAUGAACUGUGCAAUUUGAGUACCAUAUCAGAGCUUCCCAAAGGUAAAGUAACUUUGAAAGUGUACAAGUCAUUCCACACAGACUCAACUCUAGGUACGGCAAACCUAUCAUCAUCAUCAACAUCUCUUAAUGAGGGCACCAGUGGUAGUCCAACUCGUCAGCUGCCUCAGCCAUUUGUCAUUCCUUCCUUUUCUUUUGAUGUCGAGCUGAAACUGAAGCAAGGAAAUGAGGCGUGCCAUAAAGAUGGGACCCUUCUUGACCCAUCAAAAGACAUGAAAUCGGACAUCUUGGAUAAGUUGGCAGAAGCCAUAUAUGUCCACAACCCCUAUCCAAGACCUGAAGAGUAUGAUCGAGUGGCCCAAGCUCUCAUCAACAAGCACCCUUGUCUGAGGGAACCAGGGUCUGUCCAUGGGUGGUAUUGUUGGAAGUUCAGUUUAAAGUUUAAAAUGGGCAACUUCAGACAGAAGCUGCGAGUGGCCAGUUGCAGUGAGCUCAAAGUAAACUCCCGUACCACUGGCCCAGCUGGGUCGAAGAGACUGAAGAGGGCCAAAAAGUCAGAGGUGAAUUUUGUGCCAGAUUUUGCAGAAGGGAAAACAGAAAGUAAUCUUGAAAUGGACAGAUCAGCCAUGGCCAUUGAGAUGACAAAAAGAAAAGUUGACAGGCAGCAAACUGAUGACAUGAUGAAUAACACAUUCCCUUUACGGAGAAAAGAAAUUGUUGAACCACUUGUGGCAGAAGUCAAAGAAAGAUGGCCGGCAUUAUUCUCUGAACGACAGAUUGAAGCUGAAUUUGCUCGCAUUACAUCUGUUGACCUGAAAGGAUCCCUCUGUGCUGGGAUUGACCAGUACCUGGUGAGGUUCCUUGAGCUGUACAAAGCCAAGAGUGGCAUAAUGAGACUGACCAGGCUCACAAGACAACUUGACGAUGACAGUUCCACACAGAGGAAGGUGCAUGUUCUUCUGCUGGGCCUCCCUCUUUUUCUCAAAGAAGAUCCCUCAUGUUUUUUCAAGACUGUGGAGCCCACAGAUGAUGAGGACGUGUUCACCAAGGGGAUGAAAGUUGGCAUUGUGAUGGUGAAAGAUGGAGAAGACAGGAUUGAUGUGGCAGUUGUCCUUGAGGAGGCAGUAAUCCUUUGUGGUCUGAACAACAUCCAGAGUGCUGUUGCCAUGUUGAUGGGCCUUCUUUUUGCCCUCAACAUAGACUAUCCAAAGGAGUUGAGGUACACAUUUGAAUUCAUUCAGAAGGUCCUCAUGAACAUUGGUGGCAGACAAUGUUCCUCACUAGUGCAUGGUGUAAGAACCUGUCUCCUGCGGAAGACCAUGUAACUCUGAACUCCGAUGCCUCAUAUUGUGCAAAAGCCCAAGCGCUCAUUGGAAGGGAUUUUUUUUUUCUGUGUUUUCCACAUUAUUUGCAAGUUUUCAAUUUUGAAUAUUACCGAAUGAGCAGACAGUUUCCAGAAAGGCUUUCUGAGUGUUGUGGCCAUACUGAUUGGUCGUCUUUUUGUCCUCAACAGUAUAGUGGCCGAGAGGUGUCGGGCGAAAUGCAAAGUCCAAACA